AAUGUCAACAAAUUGCUGAAGAUCAUGUUCAGAAAGCAGUGCAAGAUAAUUAGAGACAACACACUUUGAGGGAUUGUCUACAUGGAGAUUCAUAUCACCCAUGAUUAACAGCUUACCAGGAAAAAACUCUAAGAAGCUUGAAAAGAAAAACUCUAGUAAGCGCAAGUCUUUGAAACGAGAGCCCACAUUUAAAGGAGCACCACCUGAUGAGAAAUUUGAUACUAUUGAAACUGAAAAUGAAAGCACAAUUACUAACUAUUCCAGAAACAUUGAUUCACAAAUUUUUGCUGCAUUAUACUGCGAAUGCAAUGAAACUAAAAAUGAUGAACAAAUGUGGUUAGACAGGGUUGAUAGCAUGAACGACUCAACUUUACGCGAUGUGUCGUCUACUAACCUGUCAUGCACAUCUGAUAAUGUCUUUGAAACAAAGUCUCAUGUGCCACAUCAACAGCCUGACUUGCGAGAAGAUAACACAAAUGGGGGAUCAGAUGCCAAUGAGAAAGAGGACAACAAGGAACUGAAUGAAGAACAAACAACAGAAGAGGAGACCCCAGAAAUGUUUGCGUCUUUGGAACACAGCUUCUUACAUAAAUAUUUACGACCAGGCUCUUGCAGCUCCCUUGCAUUAACACCUAAGCAAAAUCCAGAAAUACCUGGAGUGAAGCGUAGGUGUUCCUGUGUUGAUUUUAGGCAAUUUGAUAAACCUGAAACCCAAGAAGAAAAGAACAAACCAGCAAAGGAAACAUUACACUAUAGCCUGAGAAAACAUCAACCAGUUGGGCAAAGAUAUUGCAUGGAUGCAAGGCUAAACAAAAUAACUCACUCAGAAUCUCUGCCUAACAUCCAACAACAGCCAGUCAGAAAACACAAAGAGAAAGAGAAAUUUUAUUCACUUAGAACAAAACGCAAACAGAAGUUGCAUUCAGGUCUUGCGCAUCCUACACUAUCUUCUCUUAUGAAGCCGAUUGAUAUGAAGAUUCAGAACUCAGCAACAGCAAUUCGUCUUGCAACUUACGGCAAAAUUAAAGGAAGCAGUCGUGAAGAUUUAACAACUGGGAUAUCUGAAGUAUCUGACGAAGACACACGUUCGUUAGAUUGGACAGACUCUGCUCAUAGUCGAAAAAAAUUAUUGUCUUCUUCCAGUACCAAAAGUAUAGAAGCAUUAAAGCGUAGCCAGAAAUCUAUUAAAAAGAAGAGUAAACCAACAGACGAUUCGCAAGACCUGUCAGAUAUUGCUGAAAUUGACUCAAUCAAUAGUGAAGAUGGUUUACAACAGCGAACAAUAACAGAAGCUGAUAUUCCCAUUACGCCUGUCUUAAUCUUCUUCUUCAGUUAUGUAAUUCUUGGUGCUGUAAUGUUCUAUUUUCUGGAAAAAGGUUGGAACCUACCAAAUGCAAUAUAUUUCUGUUUUAUUACAUUAACCACUAUUGGGUUUGGUGACUAUGUACCUGAUAGUUCCCUGUACAGUCUUAUUGCCUGCUGCAUAUACACAGCUGUUGGGAUGGCAAUAACCUCUAUGUGCAUAGCCUUAAUUAUGAAAAAGUUUGUAUUGCAAGUGAAAAAGCUAGGAAGAAAAAUUGGUAUACUAAAAGAUGAAGUAGAUGUGUAAGGAAGAGUAUUGCCUUGAAAACUUGGAAGAGUAUUCUGCAAAAGUUAUUAACAAUCUUAAGAGAAUAUUUAUAAAAAGCCUAUUGGUAGUUAUUCAAUAAUUAAAUCAGUGGUUUAUGUCACUAUUUAAUCAAAAUCAAGUUAAGAUGAACUAAUCAAAAGAAUUGUAUCAAUUAAGAGGGCAUUAAAGAACUAUAUAUAUAUAUAUAUAUAUA